UUGGGGCCGUCUCUCUCUUCUCCUCGCACAGACCCAAACUCUUCUCCAUUUUCUAAAACACUGCAAUUUACUUGCUUUAUUUCUCUCCAUUUUCAUUCCAUCAACAUCACUCAUUUACCCACUACUUGAAUCUUGUCCAUAGUGCACUUCAAUAAAGAAAAGGAACAGGGCCAUUGCAAAGUUAAUUCGCAAUGAGAAGAAGCAUAGCUCUUUGUCGGAGAGGCCUAAGAUCCUACUGUACUGAUGCCGGAGAUGGAUCUCAGUGCUCCAAACUCAAAAUAUUUGAUCGUCAUCUUAAGCGUAUGCAACGUGAUAGAGCGGCUUGGUUGAUGAAGCCUAAGGAUUCUCUUGUUGAUACUGUGGCUGAGAAUUUACUAGAUCGAUUGGAGGAUUGUAAGAAAACAUUUCCUACUGCAUUGUGUAUGGGGGGUUCUCUGGAAGCUAUCAGACGAUUAUUGCGAGGACGUGGUGGCAUUGAGAAAUUACUUAUGAUGGAUACAUCAUGCGACAUGGUAAAAUUGUGUAAAGAUGCUGAGCAGCAAAUGCUAAAUGAUAACAUUGAAACAUCAUACAUUAUUGGUGAUGAAGAAUAUCUGCCCGUGAAAGAAAAUUCCGUUGAUCUGGUCAUUAGUUGCUUGGGACUCCAUUGGACAAAUGAUCUUCCUGGGGCAAUGAUUCAGAGCAGAUUGGCUUUAAAGCCAGAUGGCCUAUUCUUGGCGGCUAUUCUUGGCGGAGAAACAUUGAGGGAGCUGCGGAUAGCUUGCACUAUUGCACAAAUGGAGCGUGAAGGAGGCAUCAGUCCACGACUAUCACCCUUGGCACAAGUGCGUGAUGCUGGCAAUCUAUUGACUAGGGCAGGCUUUACUCUUCCAGGGGUUGAUGUUGAUGAGUAUACAGUUCGAUACAACAGUGCUUUGGAGUUGAUAGAACAUCUCCGUGCUAUGGGCGAAACUAGUGCUCUACUGCAAAGGAGCAAGGUAUUGAAAAAGGAUACGGCCCUGGCAACAGCAGCUAUUUACGAGUCAAUGUUUGCAGCCGAAGAUGGCACAAUUCCAGCAACAUUUCAGAUAAUAUACAUGACUGGAUGGAGGGAACACCAUUCUCAACAGAAAGCAAAGAAGAGGGGCUCAGCCACAGUCUCAUUCCAGGAUAUCCAUAAGCAAUUUAGCAGUUAGGCUAUGAAAGAAUGGAGACUCCUGUAACUUAGAUACUCUCUCACACCUAAUUGUUUUCUAAGCAUAUUCAUUACUCAUGCAUCAUAAUCAUGCAAAAUAAUAGGUAAUAAUCGCAACUUUCAGCAGAACGGUCUCUGUAACUUUUGUUGUCUUUGGGAAAACCAUUAGUGUACGUCUGUAUUAUGACGAGCUGUUGUUCGAUAAUCUAAUCUGCUUGUUCAUUUA